GAUUUGAUUUACGGAUACAUAAAAUCAUUAACUGACACGAGUCUUGUCGUUUCAAAAUGAAAUGACAUAAAAGGCCUUUUAGCUGUCAUCCGGUAUUUCGGUCACCGUUCAUACCUAUUUCAUCAUGCCAUUAUUUUCUCUCUCUCUCUCUUGUCUGUGGCGAUGCAGAUUAGGUUUGUAGCAGAUCCGAACAGAUAACGCGAUAACCAGAAUCUAAGCUAUCUGCCUGUCUCCGCUUAAUAUGAAGGUAGAGAAGGUUCGAAACCCUCUCUCCACCAUUUUUAUCAGAUUGAUUUCUGAUGCACUCAUGUGGCAAUAGUUACCUCAUAUAUUCUUUAUUGGGCAGCUACUAUCUCGAGAGCAUUGAAAAAUUUAUUGAACUAUAAUCUUGAAGCACUUUUUGGUAGGAUGGCAUUUUCAAAAGGCAGAAUUGAGUUAUUUAAGAAAAGGGCAUUCUCUCAAAAUUGAGGCGAAUUGAAGGCAAUCUUUCUGAUGGUUAAAUGGUACUAAGAAAGCAGAUUGGGAUUGUUGUACAUCCUUCAGUGCUUAUUAACUGAAACAAACUUCAGGGCAUGCGGUUCCCAAGGAUCUUUUCAAUGGCAUGGAGGGAAGUUCUAUAUUCUAUGUUUUUCCUUGUCAGUCUGGCUGAGUCUUCUAGUCGAUCGGCAAAACUGUGGUCACUUAACUUGGGGACUGAGUCAAACACAUCGUACAGCUGGCCAAUCCUCAGUGCAGCUAUUUUUGUAGUUGUCGCACUUGCACUUUCCUUGUUUCUCAUAUUUGAACAUAUAGCUGCAUACAAUCAGCCUGAGGAACAAAAGUUUUUAAUUGGACUCGUUUUGAUGGUUCCCGUUUAUGCUUUGGAAUCAUUCCUUUCAUUAUUAAAUUCAAAUGUUGCAUUUGUCUGUGAGAUAAUGCGAGACUGUUAUGAGGCUUUUGCUCUGUAUUGCUUUGAGAGGUAUCUGAUAGCUUGCUUAGGUGGUGAGGAAAAUACAAUUAUCUUCAUGGAAACUCAGAGUCAAAUCACUUUCACUUCACCUCUUCUGGAAGAUGCAUAUUUUGAUGGGGUUGUGGAACAUCCAUUCCCACUGAAUUACUUGUUAAGGCACUGGUAUCUUGGUCCUGAUUUCUACCAUGCAGUAAAAAUUGGCAUUGUCCAAUAUAUGAUAUUGAAAAUGAUCUGUGCACUGCUAGCAAUAAUUUUCGAAUUCUUUGGGGUUUAUGGAGAAGGGAAAUUUGACUGGAGAUAUGGCUAUCCAUAUCUGGCUGUUGUUCUAAAUUUCAGUCAGACAUGGGCUUUGUAUUGCCUUGUACAGUUCUACACUGUCACUAAAGAUAAGCUAGAACCGAUAAAACCUCUGGCUAAGUUUCUGGUGUUCAAGUCAAUUGUAUUUCUAACAUGGUGGCAAGGUGUUGCUGUUGCAUUGCUCUUCUCAAUGGGAGUUUUGAGAGGGUCUCUGGCUAAAGAGUUGAAAACACGUAUUCAGGACUAUAUCAUCUGCAUCGAGAUGGGAAUUGCUGCUGUUGUGCACCUCUAUGUCUUCCCAGCUAAGCCUUAUGAAUGUGGAGAAAGAUCUGUAAGUAAUAUAGCUGUGAUGGAUGACUAUGCAUCACUAGGAACAUCUCCAGAUCCAGAAGAGGUUCUAGACUGUGUAAGGCCUACUAGGAUGCGCCUUUCUCGGAGUGAUGAGAGACAAAAGCGACUGAACUUCCACCAGAGUGUUCGUGAUGUGGUUGUGGGAAGUGGUGAAAUUAUUGUUGAUGACAUGAAGUACACCGUUUCCCACGUGGUAGAGCCCGUGGAACGUGGCAUUGCAAAAAUAAAUAAAACCUUCCAUCGGAUAUCUGAAAAUGUGAAGCAGCAUGAGCAGCAAAAGAGGAAGUCGAAGGAUGACAGUCAUGUUAUUCCCUUGAAUUCAUGGUCAACAGAAUUCUCAGAAGCUCAUGAGCAGGGAAGCAUCAGUGACAGUGGUCUUGCCAAAAGGAAACACCAUCGACCACCCAAGAGCCAGAGGCCCACAGCUUCUCAAGUCAGAUAAGCAGAUGGUUCCCCCAAGACGUAGCCUUUAUCUAAAAUCCAACAGCAGGGGUUAGAUUGGAAGGAACCAUCACAUACCUCACAAGAUCAGCAUACUCUCUACAAGUUGAAGCAGUUAGAAUGGAAAAAUGACUACAAGCGUUUUUUAGCUGGAUAGAACACAUGGAGUUUCUUUGUCUUGUACAGCAGUUAACAAAUAUGACGUUAAUUCUGCUGCAGAGUCGGAACUUUAUUUUAGAAAAAGGGGAGGACUCUCCGGUUAGAAUAGGUAUUCUGAUUUACUGUACCUUUUUUUUUUUUUUGUUGUAGCGGACAAUAAACAGAUACUAUGAUGCUAGUGUAAAACUAAUAACCUUAAGUAUUAAAGGCUUGACAUAUUUCGUGUAAUAUUAAAAGCUGGUGCAACUGUACAUUUGGGUGUAAUUUUAGAACUACACCUCAAAACAUAUACAACUUGUGUGUGUGCUCUGUCGAGUUUUAUA